GGAGGAGGAGGAGGAGGAGAGGAGCAGUCAGCAGGCCCGAGGAGGCAGGACUUCCUGGUGUGGGGGUUGUCAACAGCCCAGAAAGAGAAAGACAGAGAGACAGAGACCAAGAGGAGCCGAGGAGCAGAGACACCGACCUAGCGGGGCCACGCGGAGGAGACUCGGGAAACCCACCCGCUCAGACCGCCGGGGCCGGCCGCCCCCUCCCACAUCGGUUUCGACACCCUUGGGGCUUCAGAGGCCGCGCCUGGGCUCCACCGAGGAGGCGCGGGUUCCUUCUUUUCUGGAGAGCAAACUUUCCACAGAGAUGCCUCGCAGGGUGAGGUGCGGCCCCCAAGGAGGACUGAGCAGCCUCUGAUCGCCGCCUGCGUGCCCCGCGCCGCCCCGGGCAGGAGGCCCCAGGAAAGUACAGCCCGACAUCUUAGGCGCCGGGACCCCCGGCUCGCUCAGUGGCCGAGGCCCGGGAGUUUGCAAACUCAGCUCUGGAGUUCGGCAGUGACAGCAGCAGGAAAAACCUGCCCCGGCCCCCACCUCCUGCCGCCACCUCCCCUACCCUGUGCUCCCUUCACCAACCAGGCACCCCCAGUUCCUGCAAGGCCCUCCUGCUAUGUCGGACCCUGACAUCCCCAGGGGCCCUGAUGCCCCUGCCAUGUGGCCCCCCUGUUCCAGGGGUGCCUGAGCCCCUAAAAGAGCCCCAGUGCCCCCAACUCAGCUCAGUCCUGAGCCCCAGGGACCAUGAGUGGGGGCAAGAAGAAGAGUAGUUUCCAAAUCACCAGCGUCACCACGGAAUACGAGGGCCCAGGGAGCCCAGGGGGUUCAGAUCCCCCUGCCCUGCCGGCUCCCACAGGGCCCCCACCCCGCCUGCCCAAUGGGGAGCCCAACCCUGAUCCAGGGGGCAAGGGCACCCCCCGGAAUGGCUCCCCACCGCCUGGGGCCCCCGCCUCUCGUUUCCGGGUAGUGAAGCUGCCCCACGGCCUGGGAGAGCCUUAUCGCCGAGGUCGUUGGACGUGUGUGGAUGUUUACGAGAGAGACCUGGAGCCCCCCAGCUUCGGCCGACUCCUGGAGGGAAUUCGAGGGGCCUCAGGGGGCACCGGGGGCCGAUCUUUGGAUUCCAGGUUGGAGCUGGCCAGCUUGGGCUUGGGCGCCCCUGUCCCACAGUCAGGCCUGUCUCAAGGCCCCACCUCCUGGCUUCGCCCACCCCCCACGUCCCCUGGACCUCAGGCACGCUCCUUCACUGGGGGGCUGGGCCAGCUGGCGGUACCUGGCAAAGCCAAAGUGGAGACACCCCCCCUGUCAGCCUCCCCACCCCAGCAGCGCCCCCCAGAGCCUGGGACCGGGGAUAGUGCAGGCACUUCCAGGGCUGCCACACCCCUGCCCUCCUUGAGGGUAGAAGUGGAGGCUGGGGGCUCAGCAGCUGGGACCCCUCCACUGUCUCGAAGGAAAGAUGGAGACGUGCGGCUGAGGAUGGAGUUGGUUGCUCCAGAGGAGAUGGGGCAGGUGCCAGCACUCGACUCUCGCCCCAGUUCCCCGGCUCUCUACUUCUUCCCUGAUGCCAGUUUGGUUCACAAGUCUCCAGACCCCUUUGGGGCAGCAGCCCAGAGCCUCAGCCUGGCCCGCUCCAUGUUGGCCAUCAGUGGUCACCUGGACAGCGAUGACGAUAGUGGCUCCGGAAGCCUGGUUGGCAUUGACAACAAGAUCGAACAAGCCAUGGACUUGGUGAAGUCCCACCUCAUGUUUGCGGUCCGGGAGGAGGUGGAGGUGCUGAAGGAGCAGAUCCGGGACCUGGCCGAGCGGAAUGCUGCGCUGGAGCAGGAGAAUGGACUGCUGCGUGCCCUGGCCAGCCCGGAGCAGCUGGCCCAGCUGCCCUCCUCGGGGAUCCCACGGCUUGGUCCCCCCGCGCCCAAUGGGCCCUCCGUCUGAGCCUCCCUUCCCUCACAAUGUGCCUUUGGGGCUGCCAGGCCUUGUGCCAACUGCCUGCCCCCUCUUCCUAUGCAGCUUUAAUGCCCCCUGGUCCACGGAGUGGGAGUUAAGGCUCAAUGCUGGUCUGUCCCACCACCAUACCCCAAUCUCCCCAUCGUCCCCAGGCCCUGAUGGAGGAGGGUGGGCUUCCUGAUGGGGUAUUAGAUGGAGCCCCCUCCAUGAGGGAUCCCAGCCCCACUGCUCCCUCACUAGACUACCAGCAGUAGAUGGCUUGGGGGAGUUGCAGGCUCCCUGGCAGACAACCCACCCCUACCUUGUUCCUUCAAAGUGCCCCCUCUCCUCUGCCCAGGGGAGGGAGUACGGACAGUAUCUGGAAGUUCUGGGAUUCAGGUUGUUAUUAAAGUAAUAAUAAUAAUUAAAAAAUUUGAAGAAACUUGAA